UUCCACCAUUGCUAACUUCACGUUUAACCAUUUGCGGCAUUGUGGGAAAUAUUUCGCGUUGUUUAGUUAUUUUGUAAAGAAAAACGAACAUUUAUUUUAAUAUAUUUCACACAAAUAUCAAUUAAAAAUGGCUGAUGUGCUCGACAUUGAUAACGCGGAAGAGUUUGAAGUUGAUGAGGAUGGUGAUCAGGGUAUUGUACGUCUAAAAGAGAAAGUCAAGCACCGCAAGGGUCGUGGAUUUGGUAGCGAAAGUAAUUCCCGAGAGCCCAUACAAAGUUAUGAGCGCGUACGUCACGAAGAUGAGGAUGAACUUGAACCGGGUCCACAACGUUCCGUUGAGGGCUGGAUAUUAUUUGUUACUUCAAUACAUGAGGAAGCCCAGGAAGACGAUAUCCAAGAGAAAUUUUGUGAAUUUGGUGAUAUUAAGAAUAUUCACUUGAAUUUGGAUCGACGAACCGGCUUCUCUAAAGGCUAUGCACUGGUCGAAUACGAGACCCAUAAAAAUGCGUUGGCGGCAAAAGAAGCAUUGCACGGCACCGAAAUCAUGGGUCAAGUUAUACAGGUAGAUUGGUGUUUUGUGAAAGGACCGAAGCGUAUGAAGAAAUCAGAGAAGCGAAGGAGAUAAAAACUGAAUAAAUGCUGAUAUUUAUUCGGUACUUUGCAGAAGUAGUAACGAUUUCUUAUAAAAGUAUGAAGAAAUAUUACUUUAAGGAAAUU